UGGUUUUUGCUCUCUCUCUCGCUCUCGCUCUCUCUCUCUCUCUCUUAUUCUGCAACAGAUCCCGAUCUGCUUUUAACGCAGAAACAAGCUGGCCAGAGAGAGAGGGAGAGAGAAGGGAGAAGAGAGAGAAAUCCCCCCGAAUUUUUAUCGAAUGUUGUUUGGGGAAAAGGGAAGAGAAGAGAUUGAUGUUCACGGAGGGAAGAACAAUGUCACGGCUAUCUCUGACCCGCUCCCCUGUCUCACCUGUGGCAUCUCAGGGCAUUCCACUGCCAGCUCAACUCACCAAGUCCAACGCUCCAGUCCACAUUGACGUUGGUGGGCACAUGUAUACCAGCAGCCUCGCCACCUUAACCAAAUACACAGACUCCAGGAUAGGACGCCUCUUCAAUGGCACAGAGCCCAUCGUGCUGGACAGUUUAAAGCAGCACUAUUUCAUUGAUCGAGAUGGAGAGAUUUUCCGAUACAUCUUAAGUUUCCUCAGGACAUCAAAGCUCCUGCUUCCAGAAGACUUCAAGGAUUUCAGCCUGUUGUAUGAAGAAGCAAAGUACUACCAGCUCCAGCCCAUGGUGAGAGAACUCGAGAGGUGGAAGCAGGAACGAGAACAUCAGAAGUACUCGCAGCCCUGUGAGUGUCUGGUGCUGAGGGUGACCCCCGACCUGGGAGAGCGCAUCAGUCUGAGCGGAGAGAAGUCAUUAAUAGAAGAUAUUUUCCCUGAGACAGGGGACGUCAUGUGCAACUCUGUAAACGCUGGGUGGAACCAGGAUCCCACACAUGUAAUCCGAUUUCCAAUCAACGGAUACUGCCGGCUUAACUCAGUCCAGGUACUGGAGCGGUUGUUGCACAAGGGAUUUCGUGUUGUGGCUUCCUGCGGCGGCGGUGUCGAUUCUUCACAGUUCAGUGAAUACGUGCUGUACCGUCAGGACAAGCAGUUACAGCUCACGCCAACAACGUUCAGAAUAAAACAGGAGCCUCUGGAUUAGCGUGAGCACAGACCUCCAGCCCGGCCUCCAGGCUUUCUUAUGUUUUGUUUCUAACAACCCUCACCCACCCCCAACAGUCUACCUGUUUUGUUUUAGUUGCUGGACUCGAGAGCAGGCAUCUGUCGACAAGGAAGAUUUCUUGAUGAUGGUAUUGGUCAAUGGAUGGGUCAGCUGCACUCCUGCCUGCUACAGACAGUUGAUGCCACCAGCCUUCAUUUCAGGAGCUCAGGAGCCGGGAGGAGAGGCAGAUAAGAAAGGGCUUUGGUUACAACAUGGAAGGAACCAACCGUAAACCAACAAGCGAUAAUCCGAACUGCUGUAAUUUGUAAAGUAUUCUCUGUCCCAUCAUAUUCUCCAGACAACUGCUACUCCAAUCCCAAAUGGGCACAGAAUGUCACAUCAACACAGGACACAGAACAUCUCACCAACACUGAGCACAGAACAUCUCACCAACACUGAGCACAGAACAUCUCACCAAUACUGGGCACAGAACAUCUCACCAACACUGAGCACAGAA